AUGACUAUACUGCCGUCGGUCGAUAAACAGCGAAACGCGGAAUUGAAUAGUACUGUGUGUUAAAGGAACGUGGACUGCUUGUAUCUCGAUACAGUAAUGCAGUAGUUCGAGAACAAUAUUUUUGGUCUUGAUCUAGUUGAUCACAACAUUACUCAAUUCAUCAUGUCCGAGAAACAUUGAUUGCGUAUGGUGCGUUUCACACUUCUCCGAUGAACUUUCCUGAAUGCAUCGUCGAAGACACCAAAGUGCAAGGGAACUGGUGCGAAGGACGAAAGUGUGAAAGCGUACGCUCACCGCUACUUACUCGAGGAAAUACAUAGCUCUUAGCUUGAUUUCCAAUUCAGUCUAGAUCAUAUUGUUGAUGAGAUCAUAUUUGUUUGAUUAUAACCAACCAAAGAAUAUUCUGGACUCGACUAAUUGACAAGCAUAGGCGUGCAACUGUAACAUUCGUACGAGAAACUUCACGACAAAUAGAAAAAGGAACACCAAGCAAGAUUGUUGGAAUAGUAACGGAAUUUUUUUCUUUUCCUUUUUUUUUCUACCGCAGAAACAUGUGAAUUUGUAUGUUAUUUGUUAUUGUAACAGAUUUCAAGUUUUGGAAGGUCGAAGUACAAUCCUCGUGUUCAAAUUGUAGAAUCGGGUGUGUACAGUAAUUUUCGUGACAAACUGUGCACAGACAGUAAAGAUAUUCAAUGAUAUUAAAACGCGUGACUUUCGGUUUCCACGAACUUCGUUAUGUGUCAAUAAUUCGUCUCUUGUACGUGUUUUAAAUUUGUUACUGGGAAAAAACUUGUCACUCUUUUGGAUUUUACAUCGGCUAUGGUUGUAGCCAGUGGUGAAUGGGUACAAAAUGCCAGUUUUCCUGCCAGUCAGAAUUCCAACUUGAAAAUAAAUUCACUACAAAACAACAAAAUGACAGCCAAAGGGAUUUUAAUCUGUCGUGAUAAUUCUCAUCCUUUUGAAGAACGUACAUUGACUUUGGAACAACCUGUGAAGAUUGGCCGUUCUGUAGCAAGAGCCAGAGCCACGCCAAACAAUGCCAUUUUUGAUUGUAAAGUACUAUCCAGAAACCAUGCGCUGUUAUGGUAUUCAAGUGGGAAGUUUUUUUUACAGGACACACGUAGUAGUAAUGGGACAUUUGUUAACAAUCAGAGACUUAGUGCGGCUGGUUUAGAAUCAGCACCUAAAGAAGUCUGUUCUGGUGACAUAGUGCAAUUCGGAGUAGAUGUGAUAGAAAGUACAAAGAAAGUUAGGCACGGAUGUAUAGUUGCAACAUUGAAAUUAUACUUGCCGGAUGGAAAGGAGGCUAAAGCUAGUCUUAGUACGUCAGUUGCAUCUCCACUCAAUAACGUUUCAUUGGAAGAUGUGUACAAGUUGAAUCAAGUUAUGCAAGAGGCCUCGAGACGCGAAAAAGCACUUUAUUCUAAGUUAGUGUAUCUUCAACAACUUGUAGCAAAUACUCGAAAGGCUGCCAAUCAAUCAUGGAAAGCCCUGAUUACAGAGGAUCGUUUAUUGUCCUGGGUGGAAAGUAUGGAAAAUCAGUUAGCUGUUUACUCUAAAAAUUAUACAGAAGACAAAAUCAGAAAUGAGUUGGUAUCACUUCAGGAAGAGAAAGUACACUACCAAAAUGCAGCAAAGGAGGCAUUGCAGAAAGUAUUGCAAGAGAAAUUAGAAGUGACUCAAAGAUUAGUUCAAUUAGAGGGACGUUUAAAUGAAACAGAAGAGGAAUGUCAAAGUCUUCACAAUGUAGCGAAAUAUACUCAAACAGAAUUUCAGGAGUUAUGUAACAAAUAUACAGAAGCACAAAAGAAGUUACAAGAAACUACAAAUAAGCUAAAAGAGAGUGAGGACAAAAUACAGGACAUAGUACAAAGCACAGAACAAGAAAAACAAGAAUUUUUAAAGAGACUGGAAGAUCAAUCUAGAACUGAAAAAAUUUUGCAGACAAGAUUACGUGAUUCUCGAUUAGAUUCUGUUAAUAUUUAUAAACAGAUCACUGCCCUCAGAAAUUACAUGCAAAUUUUACAGGACAUGAAUACAAAAUUAGUAACAACUGGCAUUAUAGAUUCAAAAGAUGAAGAAAAUCCCAUUGAGGCUAUCAACAUUAUCCUUAAUAAAUUAAAUUCUAUUCAUGUUGAUAAUAUAGAUAUUGAUGCAGACACAAACUUUUAUUUUUUAAAAGAUGAACAAGAUAAUCAAAUCAACUUGCAAGAUAUUGAUUCAAAUCAAUUAAAAAAUUCUGAUGAUUCUUUUUCGAAAGAACAGUUAGAUGAUUCAUUGGUUAAUAAUGAUAAUUCAACAGAAUAUAUUUUACCACCACCUCGGAAAACUUUAGUUAAUGGAAAUGUAAAUAUAGAUAAUACAGACAUGAACUCAGGAUCUGAUGCUAAUUCAGAUGCAACAGAUGAUACAUGCAGUAUUACCAGUGAUGAUACAAGUGAAAAAUCUGUUAUAGAAAUUAAAAAAGAAGAAUCUGUGUAUAAAGUAGCAGAAGAAAUUUUUGUACCUUAUAAAACGGAAGUUAGAUUUAUGUGUGAAGAAAAUGACAAACAACUGGAAACUUCUUAUUCACCUCAAUCUGUACAGAAAUUAAAUGAAAGUGAAGAAGCAGAAGUUAAUAUUGACAGCAUGAUUAAUGUCAAGAUCACUUCAAAUGAAUCUGUUCCUAUGGAAAUUGAUCAAUUUGAAAAGAAAGAUGAAACAGAUAAGGAUAGUUGUGAAUUAGAUAAAGAGUGUGAAGAAGAACAUUUAGAAGGAGAUUAUGUUAAAACUCUAAAACCAUUAUCCAAGAAUGAUAACGUGCAGCAAAGUAUACAUACAAGAGAAUAUUUACUACAAACUUUAAUAGGAUCUUUAGAUUCGUUAAAACUUGAAGACAAUUUAGAAUCACAACAAAUUAUCAAGAAAGAGUUAGAAAGCCUGAAGGAUUGGUUAGUUUGUAAACCUAACGAGGAAAUUGUUGAAAAAUUAAAGCAACUAUAUUAUCGUGCCAAGAACGAAGCUCAAAGAAUUCAAGAGCUCCAUGAAGAAUUAGUUAUUUUAAAAGAAAAGUACAAUGCGUUCGUCGAAGAGAAAGCAGAACUCUCGAAAAAAUAUACAUCUGUUAAAGCACAAUGUGGUGACUUGUUAAAUACAACGUACACUGUACCAAUACAUUAUGUGGCACCCAUUGCAAUUAUGUUAAUAUGGAUGUUGCUUGAAAAAAUAUUUUAA